UGCCUGUCGACUAUAAAUAAGCUAACGAUUUUAACUUAUCAAAAUUUUCUGACUAGAGAGGGUUUUUCCGCCUCAAAGAGAUGGGAAAAGGAACAGGAAGCUUUGGUAAGAGGAGGAACAAGACUCACACACUGUGUGUGAGAUGUGGACGCCGUAGCUUCCAUCUCCAGAAGAGCCGUUGCUCAGCUUGUGCCUUUCCUGCUGCCCGGGUCAGAAAAUAUAAUUGGAGCGUGAAGGCAAUCCGAAGGAAGACCACAGGGACCGGUCGUAUGAGGUAUAUGCGUCAUGUUCCCCGCAGGUUCAAAAGUAACUUCAGGGAAGGCACUGAAGCAGCACCAAGGAAGAAGGGAGCUGCUGCAGCCUCUUAAGGUUUGAGAGGAAAAUUUCAGUCCAUUUAUGUUUGAUUGUCUGGGAUUUUGGAAGAACAAAAAGUUUUGAACUGUCUGUUGAACGCUACUUAUUGUUAGUGGCAAGCGAUUUGUUAUUUUGAAGGAUUCAAAUGAAUUUUACUUUAUUUUGAUAAUGGAGGAUAGUUACUUUUUA